UUUUGAGUCAAACGAGCGCUUCGCCUGUAGUGCGCAGGCGCGACUGCAUGGCGUCACGUGACCUCGCUUUGAACUCCGCGUCGGCGGAAACGGAAAAGGAGAGAACGCGCCGACAUGGCGGACAGGCUAACGCAGCUUCAGGAUGCUGUUAACUCUCUGGCCGAUCAGUUCUGUAAUGCGAUUGGAGUCCUGCAGCAGUGCGCACCUCCUGCCUCCUUCAGCAACAUCCAGACCGCCAUCAACAAAGACCAGCCCUCCAACCCCACAGAAGAAUAUGCUCAGCUGUUUGCUGCACUCAUAGCAAGAACAGCAAAAGAUGUUGACGUGCUGAUUGACUCGUUGCCCAGUGAAGAAUCUACUGCUGCGCUGCAGGCUGCCAGUCUGAGGCAGUUGGAAGAGGAGAACCAGGAAGCUGCGGCCCGUCUGGAGGAAGUGGUUUACAGAGGAGACAUGCUGCUGGAGAAGAUCCAGUCCGCUCUAGCAGACAUCGCCCAAUCACAGCUGCGCACACGCAGUGGUGCCCCGAGUCAGCCAACACCCCAAGAGUCAUGACCCGAACCAAACAUGGACUAUAUCGUCUGUACACAGCAGGGAUUUUAUACUCAUCCUUCAUCAAUUGCAAGAGAUCUUGUGUUAAAUGUACAGCUUGUUUCUGGACUGAAGAAUGAUUCUGAUUUCAUUCUGUAAGUGCCCACUGUUUCCCAUUGCACAUCUUUAUUAUGUGACAUCUGACAUUGUUUUCUACCUGAUAGCAGUAUAUGUUCAGCAUUCAUCAGCCCUUUUCUGCAAUUAACAGUCAGCGGUUGGGUAAGUUGGUUUUUGUAUAUUUAAUGAUAUUUUUUUCUGGCCAGGAUCAUGCAGUGAUGCUGUUUGUUUUGUUUUGAAAGAAAUUUUGUCUUUGUGUUUAACCAAUAAAAAAAAAGUUGUAUGAA